AUGCCUUUCAUGCUCGCCCGCCGCGGGCGGUGCAUUGUCCGUCAAUUCGGUCUGAGGGAAACACUGCCGUUGUCUACUCGCGUGUCCCUCGUCCCUCGUCACGUCAGGCGCGUCAGCCUGGCUGUCAAUGGCCUUUCCUUGAAGCGAGAAACUCCCACGGGUCCCGUUCGAAGCAUUCUAUCCCAAAUUCAAGCCAACUCGUAUGCGACUGCCGGCCGGCCUAAAGCGCAUACAGGGCGGGCCAAGGCGUCUACAGGAUCCAGCGGAAGCAAGAAAACCGGGAAGAAGAGCACCAGCUCGAAAAAGAAGGAGUUGACCCCCGAAGAGAAGGAGGCAAAGAAGGAGGCGCAGAAAGCAAAAGCCCUGAAGGAGGAGAUCAAGCAGCUCAAGAUCACCGCACUGGAGCCACCGAAGAAACUGCCCCAGUCAGCAUACACUGUAGCUUUCCAGGAGAAGAUGGUCUCUGGCCCGAAAGAAGAGGGCAAACCCCCAGCUCAACAUUUCAAGGAAGUGGCUAAUGCGGUCAAAGAGCUGCCGUCCUACGAGCUCGAGCGCUACGCCCAAAUUGCAGAGUCCAACAAGGCAGAGAAUUCAGCUGCCUAUGAUGCGUGGAUCAAGUCGCACACACCUCUUCAGAUCAAGGACGCCAAUGCUGCUCGGAGAAGGCUCAGGCAGCUGCUAGGAGAUGCGAAGUCAGGCAAGUACCAUCAGCUCAGCGACGACCGAUUGGUCAAGAAAGCUGCCAGUUCCUAUGCUCUCUUCCUCAAGGAACGUUAUGAGAGUGGCGAUUUCAAGCACAUGUCCGUGCAGGAGGCUGCUGCCCGCGCUGGAGAGGAGUGGAAAGGUCUCACCGAGUCUGAGAAGCAGAAAUUUAAUGAACUCUAUAAGGAGGACUAUGAGAGAUACUCGCGCGAACACAGAGAGAUCUAUGGUGAAGACCCGCCUUCCCAUAACAAGAAGAGCCGUGGAUCGGAGGAAUCUUCUUAA